ACCCUUUAAUGGAGGACUAUAGCCUUUCCAUACCUCUCUUAGCUACCCCUGCUUCCGCCCUCACCACCACCGCUACCAGCUCCACCACCAAAGAGGACGAUAAAAAGGAUUUUUUCUUAUCAAGUUCUCGUAUUAUUUCCCGGCUUCUUUUGGUAAUUUUCAUUGGAACAAUCUCCGUAUGGGCAAACCACGAAGCAUCAAAAGGCUUCAAGGUAACCAUAAUCAACAACGCCAAAGACUCUCCAGCAGGGCGACGCUUUGCUCUCUUCUACGUAUCGAAUGAUGAAGGCACACGGAUCAUCCUGAACACAAGCGCCUUGGUCGAAAACAUUCUUUACCCAGAUUCCAACCAAAACAAGAAACCAGUUCACCAUGUCAUUCUCCAACUGGCUAGCAAAAACCUGACGACCAAAGUCAUUGUAGAGACAAGCAAAAGCAAAGAGUUUGUUUACGUCAUCAGUUUAAGUCCAUCAAUAAUGGAAGAAAGUAAUGUCAAGUACGCUGUUAGAUCAGCCAUACAGCGAGGCAUGGCUCGGAUAUGGCUGUGGGAUGGUGAGUCCAGGGCUCCACCUUGGCUCAUAGAUGGCAUGGAGGAGUACAUAUGGAUGCAGGCAGGAUUUGGUGAUCAUGUCAAAGAAACAACAGUACUAUAUCCAGGAUUGAAAGUAUUCGGACCAGAACAGUUCUGUUUUGUUCUUUCCCAAAUGUGUUCCAACUCCAACAACUUCAGCUCCAGAUUGAAGUUGAACAUUAGUAUUUCUGGUGAUGGGAAUUCAGCAAAAUCAUCAGGUAGUCUUUGCACGGAGGAUAAGGACCCAAAAAUUGUGGCACAGACUUUGGGUUAUCUUGAGCAGCAAAAGAAAGGGUAUGUUCAAGGAUUGAAUCAGAUUCUAAGAGAUGGGUGGGAUAGUCAACCAUGCCAUCGAUGA